AUGGCCGGUUUCACCCUCCAAGAUCCCGGGACUAGGGAACUCACCGGAGGCGACCUCCUUGCUCAAUCGCUUAAGAAUAUCGGUGUGGAGGUCGCGUUUGGGCUGCAUGGGGGCCAUCUGGAUGCGUUUCUCAUGGGCUGCGAGUUCUCGGGCAUCCGGCUUAUUGAUACGCGUCAUGAAACGGUCGCUGUUCAGGCGGCAGAGGCCUACGCGACAUUGACCUCCAAGAUUGGGGUGUGUUUUGUGACGGCUAAUAGCGGCUUCUCGAAUGGCAUUCCCGGUCUCGCGACGGCGCUGGCCGAUCGUCAUCCGAUCCUCUGCAUCACAUCGUCUCCGCCAUUGAGAGACGCAGAGAAUAACUCACUGCAGGGCAUUAUCGACCAAGUGGUGGUCUCGCGACCGCUGACCAAGUUUGCGCAUCGCAUGACGAACCCGGAGGAUACGCCGAGGAUCAUCUCGUUGGCUGUGAGGACGGCGUUGUCGGGCGCCCCUGGGCCGGUGGUGGUCGAUUUUCCGAUCGAUGUGCUUUUCUCGCCGGUUCAUCGCCCGCUGAUUUCAUGGGGUUCGAUCUCCUCGCCGUUGGCGUUCGGCCCUGGUGCGCAUACCGAGGCUGUUCAGGCUGCCGUGGAGCUACUGAGAUCGGCGAAACGACCGGUGAUGAUUGUUGGGACGGGUGUCAAAUCGGAGCAGGCUGGAAACCAGGUUGUUGAGUUCUCAAAGAACAGCGGUAUACCUAUUUUCCAUUCGCCGAAAUCUAAAAUGCCGGCGGUGUCGGCUUCAAGUCCAUUUUAUGGUGGCUCGGCCGGCAAACUCGCUCUACUGGAUGGUCCGAAACCGGAUCUUGUGCUGCUCCUGGGCGCAAGAACCGGGAUGUUUCUCGGAAUGCGCAGCGGCGCCAUUAUUCCCGGGGAGAACUGCAAACUGGUGCAAGUCGACAUGGAUGGAGGCGAAAUAGGCAGGACUCUCCCUGUUGAUCUGGGUGUUGUAUCUGACGUUGGCCAAUUCCUGGCCGCGCUGAACGCCAGCUUCGACCGUGCCCUAUCCUCCGGUUUCGAUUCAGAUUGGGUCCAAAAGACACUGUCUCUGAAGAGUCUACCAUCUCCCUUUGAGAAAGAGUCCCAGGUUCAGCCGUCCGGGCGGCUCCACCCGUACCACGCCCUUAAGAAUGUGUUCUCGUCCAUCGAACCAGAUAGCAUUGUUAUUUUAGACGGUGGCGAGGCUUCCGGAUGGGCCAGCGAUGUACUUCAUUUCUGUGCACCCAGCGCCAUCUUGACUUCGACUGGAAACCUUGGCUUCCUAGGAAACGGAUUCGGAUACGCCCUUGGAGCUGCCAUCGCAGUGCCUCAUCGCAGAAUCGUCAUGGUCCACGGUGACGGCUCCACCGGGUUCCACUUCAUGGAACUCGACACGUUCAAGCGCAUGAAUCUGAACAUCUUGACGGUGGUGGUCAAUAACUACUGCUGGGGCAUGAGCUCGAACGGCCAGCAGCUCGUGUAUGGCAGCAAAACCCCAGCCCGGCCUGUUAGCUCGUUGAGCCCCGUGGCGGAGUAUGACCUUGUUGCGAAGGCUUUGGGGAAUGCCAGUGCCAAGCUGGAGAAGAUCGAUGAGAUUGCGGAGACGGUGAAGAGACUGCAGAAGGAGGAGGGCCCUAGCUGCGUGAAUCUGAUCGUUGAUGAUAAACCGAUUCAUCCGAUGACGACGGCGAUGGUCGGGCAGACGGAUGAUCCAGGGAUGGUGGUCGUGCCUUACUAUGCUAAUGUCCCCAGGGCGUACUAUAAGUCAUGA